AUGAUUGAAGCAAAGAGUUCAGUUCAGAUUAGUUUAGCGAAGUAUUUAGGUGCAAGUUGUAACGAUGGCGAAAUUAAUAUCAAUUUGAAUAUUGCCAUUUCAUCGAAAGAACCUGCAACCAGACUGCGUGUGUCUAAAGACGAUCUCGAAUGGAUAUUCAGCGAAAAUGAUUUUCAUAACAUUCGUCAGUUGAAUUUGUCAAGCAAUAGAAAUGCACAAAUUUCAGCGUUAAUUCAAGAAGCGAGUCCACUGCUUGAAACACUUGAUCUAUCGAAUAAUUUCAUUGGCAAAUUAAGUGCUAACACGUUUGAAAAGUUUAAAAAUUUGAAGAAUUUGAAUUUGCGGCAAACCAAUGUGACGAAUUUUGAAUUCGCUACAUUUUAUCAUCAACGGAAUCUUCAAGUGUUGGACAUUUCAUACAAUAAUUUGAACCAGGUCGAUUUUUAUCUCUUUCUACGUAACUUCCAGAAUUUAGAAUUGCUGAACUUGGAAGGGAAUAAUUUGAGAGAAAUCGACAGUGUGACACGAUCUCACUUUCCAAAGUUGACAGUUUUGGGUAUUUCAAAGAAUAACUUCUCGUGUGAUUAUUUGGUGAAUUUUCUGCUUCAAUGGCACGAUCUAAAGUGAAUUGACAGUUCCUCGAAUCGAACACAUAUCGGUGGAGUCGAUUGUGUUCAUUCAAUCACACGUAAAGAACUCAAUAUGAAUAAUGUAACAUUAGCCAAAUUUUUCCCAGAAAAUUUAGUCGACCAACCAAAAUCCGUCUCGCCGCAUUUAAAUUUAGAAGAUUUAUUUGCAAUAAAAAUUUUAUUGGGCCUGAUUUUUUUUGUUAUGUGCCUGUUUUUCAUCACAAGCCUUGUCACAAGCAAAUGUAAACAUCCGCUAAGGAGCCUCAAACAAAGGCUAUUACAUAACUCACCGGAGCGCAGUGUGGCAUACAAUCAGAAAAAUCUUAUCGAUAUGCAACAUGGUUUAUUGCUGCCUCAACAGAUGGAACAAAUUGCACACUAAAUUUUGUACACUUUGUAUUGGAACUCUAGUUUUAUCUAGUAUCUGUAUGCAUAUUUGUCUCAUAAAAUGUAAAGAUAAGCAUUGAAUAUAUUUUCUAUGUUCAA